AUGGAUCAACGCGUGUUUCUUUAUUCGGUUGUUGGACUUCUCACGGCUGUCCUGGCAAGAUAUCUUGCUACCAGGGGCCAAAAGAAGUACAAGUUUCCUCCGCUCGUCCCAGGCAUUCCGAUUAUGGGAAAUGCGCUCCAAGUUCCUCCAACUCAACAAGGACAAUGGGCAAAAGAUCUGGCUGAUAAAUAUGGAGAGAUGUUUACCGUUAAGUUUGGCGCAAGCACAUGGGUAUUCCUGAACUCUAGUCGCGUCGUAACAGAUCUUAUGGAGAAAAGGGCUGCCAUUUAUUCGAGUCGCCCACCCUUCCCCAUGACUCAGGAUAUCAUGUCAGGUGGGGGCAGAGUGGUCCUGAUGCCGUACGGUGACAGAUGGCGCCAGACGAGAAAAAUUAUGCAUCAGAUUUUAAGCACACGACAAAAAGAUACCUUUCGCGAUUUUCAAGAGCUUGAAUCUAGGCAUUUGCUUUACGAUUACCUGCACCACCCAGAUCGCUGGUUCUCCGCCAAUGGAAGAUAUGCCAACUCUGUUAUUAUGAGUGUUGUCUUUGGUAUAAGGUCAAAACUAGACGAUCCUGAUGUCACGGCUCUUUUCGAAACAGUAGAGAUGUUUCUCGAACAACAACAACCGGGGAUCAACUUGGUCGAUGGGUUUCCUAUCCUUGCCAAGUUGCCGGAAUUCCUGCAAUGGUGGCGUCCGAGAGGGUUGAAGUUGUUUGAAUAUACUAGGGGUGUCUAUAAGAAACAACUCGAUAAUGUCAAGGCUCGGAUCGAAAACGGCACCCAAAAGAACUGUUUUGCUGUGGAUUUCCUCAAGAACAAUGAUGAAAAAUAUUUCAACGAGACCCAGCAACUAUUUACCCUUGGUACACUCAUGGAGGCAGGAAGCGAUACCACCCGAGUCUCUGUGGGGCAGCUCAUUGCUGGUGCUGCCACCUAUCCAGACUGGGUAGUCCGCGCACGAGCUCAGCUGGAUGAAGUGUGUGGCAGCAAUGCGGACCGCCUCCCCAGUUGGGAAGACAAAGAUAAACUGCCCUACAUCGCUGCAGUAGUGAAAGAAGUAUUCCGCUGGCGCCCAAAUAUUGCCGAGAUUGGAGCACCAACUUCGUGUACAAAGGAUGACGAGUACGAAGGAUACAGCUUCCCAGCUGGAACAGUAUUUGUGUGGAAUGCGUGGGCCAUUGCACUGAAUCCGAAAGAAUACGAACAGCCCGAGCGCUUCUGGCCAGAGAGGUUCUUGAACGAUGAUUUGAACAAUGGACUCAAAGGUCAUUGGGCUUUUGGACCAGGUCGUCGGGUAUGCGUCGGCUGGAACGUUGGAGAGAUGAACGUGUGGAUGGCUACUGCGAGACUGUUAUAUUGUUUUGAUUUUAUUGAAGACAAGGCAAAUCCGAUAGACACCAUGAACAUUCCCCAGUUGACUAAGAACAAGGCCCCUUUCCCGGUGAUUAUAAAGGUACGAAGUCCAGCUCAUGCUGCCCUUAUCGAACGUGAUUGUUUGGCGGCAACAAACGCAAAUUAG